AUGUGUUUUGUGAUCACACGUUUUCAUUUACACUAAAUUAUAAAUAUUGCUCGUUUUAAAACUUUCUUUGAUAUUUGCACCAAGUUUUCCAGUAUGCCUCGUCACAAUAAGCGUAAAAAACAACCUGAUGUAUGGAGACAAGACCUCGAAGGUGUCGACAGGAAGAAGCCUCCACGUAAUAACAAACUCUUUGUUGAAUACUACCAGGCUCAGAAGUUUGUACCAGAAGGAGAGUGGGACAAGUUUUAUGAGACACUCAGAGAAGACCUGCCCGUGACGUUCCGCAUCACCGGCACUCGCAGACAAGCCACUCAGUUACUGAAAAUCAUCAAAGAACAGUACCUGAACAACCUGACGAAUCUGACAGUCGACGAUAAAGCAUUGCCUCCACCCAAGUGUCUUUCAUGGUACCCAGACGAACUGGCCUGGCAUAUCGAUACGACGAAGAAAGCUGUUCGAAACAACACCUUGUUGAAGAAAUUCCACACUUUCCUCAUUGCAGAAACAGAAAGUGGAAAUAUAUCGCGACAAGAAGCGGUCAGCAUGAUUCCACCAUUACUCCUGGAUGUUAAACCUCAUCACAAGAUCCUGGACAUGUGUGCUGCUCCAGGUUCGAAGACUGCUCAGCUGAUCGAGUACCUACACGCGGACGAGAGCAAACCCAUCCCAGAUGGGUUUAUUGUGGCCAAUGAUAUAGAUAAUAAGCGCUGCUACAUGAUGGUGCAUCAAGUGAAGAGAUUGGGUAGCCCCAAUUGUAUGGUCGUCAAUGAGAAUGCAUUCAAUUUUCCCAAACUGAGAUCAAGCAGGGAGGGAGAAAAGUUGGAGUUUUAUUUGUUUGAUCGCGUUCUGGCUGAUGUUCCUUGCAGUGGCGAUGGCACGAUGAGAAAGAAUCCUGAUGUGUGGGGUAAAUGGAGACCAAUCAUCGGCCAUCCUUUGCAUGGACUGCAGAUAAAGAUUUUAAAGCGUGGUCUUGAACUUCUGACUAUCGGAGGCCGCCUCGUUUAUUCAACAUGUUCGCUGAACCCAGUUGAAAAUGAGGCCGUCAUCGCGGAAAUGGUGCGCAGAUCUGAAGGUGCAAUUGAAAUAAUUGACGUGAGCAAAACUCUACCUGGACUCCGAUGUGUGCCUGGAUUAAACACGUGGAGGGCAAGUAACUCUAGCUGUGUUAUAUCUCAGUGGCAUAGGAAGGUGCCAAAAAGUGAGGCGGGGGGCACACACACACACACACACACACACAAAUAUAAAUUUAUAUGUAUGGACAAGGUUGGGAUCUGCAUGCGUGUUCUGCCUCAUCAUCAAAACACUGGCGCAUUCUUCAUCUGUGUCAUAGAGAAAGUUCGAACCCUUCCAUGGAUGAAGGCUCGGAAACCAGACAAAGAAGCUGGUGAUGUCAAAAACAGUGAAGCGGUUGCUAUGGAGACAACACCAGAAAGCCAUGCUGAGAUUGCGGUCAAAUAUAAAGACAUUAAUGCCACUGAGGACUCGACAGAAUCAGAAAACGUUGCCAGCACCACAACACAGUCCAUGGAUUCGGGUGGCAAAGUUGAUGAGACGUUAAAAACUGAAGAUGGAAGUAAACAAACUGGUAACGGUGCCACUACAACAGAAGCCAUGGAAUCGAGUGACAGUGUUGACGUGAAGUUGAAAACUGAAGAUGGAAAUAAAGACUGUAAAACAACUGAGGGGGUGGAAUCUGGUGUUGCCACAAAGGAGAAGGCAGGAGAUGGAAGUAAAGACUCUGCUAACUGUACCACAACUGAGGGAGUGGAAUCUGGUGUUACCGCAAAGGAGAAGGCAGGAGAUGGAAGUAAAGACUUAACAUUGAAAAGAAAAGCAGACACAGAAACUAAAGAAUUUCAGCACCCCAUGCAAAAGAAGUUCAAAGGUUACAAAGAAGACCCAUUUCUCUUUGUAGAAAAAGACGAUCCAAUAUGGCCACCAAUUAAGGAUUUUUACCAGUUGCCCGACUCGUUUCCUCGAGAUCAAGUUCUAUACCGAUCUGAACAGGGCAAAAAGAAAACACUAUACUUCGUGUCAGCUGCCCUGAAGAAUGUCGUUGAGUGCAACUUUGAACGAGUUCGGUUCAUCAACAUGGGAGUGAAGUUUCUCUCUAGAAGUGCGUCUCCACUCGUCAAAGACUGCGACUUCCGAAUAACACAAGAGAGUCUUGCUAUUCUGGGUAAUAUUUACGAAAGUAGGACAGUAGAUGUCAACAAAAACGACGUGGAAAUCAUUCUUAGUCAGGACAGCCCAUACACGUUCAAAUUCAGCGAACCCGUACGAAACAAACUUGACAGCUUAAGUCCUGGCAGUGUGGUGUUCAGAUACAAACCAACUGAAAGUAAUGAAUACCCAGACUGUGAACUCCUGUUUUGUGCAUGGCGGGGCAACGUGCGCGCUCGGUCGUACGUACCCAAGUUUGACCGGCAGCAUUUCCUUGUUCUGUUUGGCUGGAACGUAUCAGAACUUCGUGCCAAAUUGGCUGAAAAUAAACCCCAAAAGCUAGAAAAUAGCUCUGAGAUUGGGGAUUCUGCAAAGGUGGACAGCAAUGAAGAUGGUUUGUCUGAAUCGGACGAUGAGAUCGGGGGACAUCUUGGGAAAAUGGCAACCGGAGAUACUAAAGAGAAGUGUUCUGAGACAACUGAAACUGGGAAAUCGACGGAUCCAAAAAUAGUGGGAAAUGAAAAAAGUGACGGGAAAUGUUCAGAAAAAAUAGACGCUGGAAAAGAAAUGGAUGUAAAAAUGGAAACUGGUGACCAAAUGGAUGUUAAAACUGUUGAAAGUGAAAAAAGUGACGGGAAAUGUUCAGAAAAAAUAGAUGCUGGAAAAGAAAUGGAUGUAAAAAUGGAAACUGGUGACCAAAUCGAUGUUAAAACUGUUGAAAGUGAAAAAAGUGAUGGAAAAUGUUCAGAAAAAAUCGACAAAGGGGAAAGAACUGAUCUGAAAGUCAAGAGUGAGAAGGAAUGCUCUCAGAUGUGUGAAGACCUACAAAAAGCUUCCGUAGACAACGGAAAAUAGUAUUCAGUUUUUACUUGGUAGUCAUCUGAGUAUUCAGUUUUUACUUGGUGGUCAUCUGAGUAUUCAGUUUUUACUUGGUGGUCAUCUGAGUAUUCAGUUGUCACUUGGUGGUCAUCUGAGUAUUCAGUUGUCACUUGGUGGUCAUCUGAGUAUUCAGUUGUCACUUGGUGGUCAUCUGAGUAUUCAGUUGUCACUUGGUGGUCAGCUGAGUAUUCAUUUGUCACUUGGUGGUCAGCCGAGUAUUCAGUUCUCACUCGGUGGUCAGCCGAGUAUUCAGUUCUCACUCGGUGGUCAACUGAGUAUUCAGUUCUCACUCGGUGGUCAUAUGAGUAUUCAGGUCAUUACUGCAAUGCUUAUUAUUUCAAGUUCACCCAGAAAGAGUUCAGUGUAAUAUAGCAUCAUCUGUACCUAUAAAUCUCUAGGAUCUGGCCUCAUGUUUAUAAAAACAUUUGAGUCCAAACUCGAGACUCUAUCGCGUUGGCAGUGCCAUACAAAUUGUAUGUGUGUGACCUUAUUAAAGCUUUGAGUUAAGAAGUUUUAUAACCACAAGCCAAGGACUUCAGUUAAGUUUUAGCCCUCUGCAUAUAAAACCUUUACGAGUCUAGUGUCUAGGACUUUUAUAUCAUGACAACCCCAUACAAGUUGCAGCAUGUGUAUGAUGUCAUUAAAGAUUUGACUCUAGACUCUAUAAAGUUUUCUGAACUCGGGCCCUAGUCUUCUGUGUCCUACAAAAGGAGCUGAAGCUUGAGUUUUGUGUUCAGUGUUAUAAUGAUGAGACGAGUUUGUUACAUGUCUGUUUACUAAGCACUGCAUCAUGACCAAUAAUGCUAAGCAUCGCUAAUGAUUUGACCCAGUUUUAAUCCAAAAACAUUAAUAGUCUUGCAUUCUGGACUACCCAUUUGUCACAAUAUAUUUUUAAUAAGUGCUGUUGUUUUAGCAGUACUUGGUUAAGUGGUUACCUUUUUCACUGACAGGUGCUUGAUACAUUUUUUUAAAUUGACAAAUCUAUUUUGUAUGACAUAUUUGUAUUUCUCUUUCCUUAGUGUUUUGGAGAUGAAACAUUUUAAUGUUUUCAAGUAUUUUCAGUAAUUUGUUUAUAUUGUAUAAUUAUUAAAAACUUGUUUUGAAUUUAGAUCAGUUUCUCUCAAUGAAACUUGGUUAAAUUAUAGUUGCACCUAUGUAUGUUAUCAAAGUGCACCAGAAAAAAUGUAUGGGAGGUGAGACAUUUAAUUCUGCAGAAUGUGUUUGUGAUAUGAUAUUGUCAGUAUUUAAUUUUAUUAUAUACCUAUUCAAUCUUACUAUAGUGAUGAAGACAUUUUGAAACUCUGUCA